AUGAAAACAUCUGAAUCUGCAGAGAUUCUAGAAAAAGUCUUACAGUAUGACAGACAAAACAUGUUGGGGAGAGGCACGUUUGCAGCCGUCUUUUCGGGCACUCUGGAUGGACAGCCGAUCGCCGUCAAACGAAUUCUCCUAUACAAUUUGAAUAAAAAUUUCAAGACCAGGGAAGAAGCUGCCAUGAGAAUAAUGGAUCACCCGAACGUUCUGAAACUCCUGGACGUUAGAGAAGAUGCCGAUCUCAAGUAUUUGAUACUGGAAAUUUGCAUUGGGACUGUCCAAAAUUACAUUGACGGUGAUGAAAAGCUUACCGGUAAAAUGCCGUCCGAGAUUGAAGCUUUGUGGCAAAUGGCCGACGGGCUGGCUUACAUCCAUUCCAAAAAUAUUGUCCAUCGAGAUAUUAAGCCAGACAACGUGCUCAUUUCUUCCUCGUUCGUUAUUAAAAUCUCCGACUUUGGCGUCAGCAAACCCACCCAGCCAACCGGAAGUUUCUCUACAAACAGCGGCGCCAAAGGAACCAGGAUCUACUCUGCUCCGGAGUAUCUGCAACUGGAAGACAAGACCCUCUCCCCGGAAGAGAAGAAAACCAUCAGAGCGGACAAAUCGAUCGACAUCUUUUCUUUGAGUUCAAUUACAUAA